AUGCAGUGCGGGCGUUGUGGGUUGUACAGCCUUUCGGAGGGCAGAGGUGACGGCAGUGACGGUCAGACACUGGAAGUCAAGGUCGACGCCUCCAAACGCGACAAGCGUGACUCUCCUUUACACCACCACCACCACCUUCUAUCGCCUCUUCCUCGAUUCUCGACUCUGCUCAUCACCGGCCCAUAUCACCCAUCCGCACCCAUCCACCUAACCCUGUCUUCAAAGGCUGCCACACCAGAGAGCCGUGCGAUCAUUCUCGCUCCUUCAAGGUCGGCGCUGAAAGGAAACCUGCAGCAAUUCAAUGAUGCCUGGCUUGCGUCGCGCUCUGGCCAUGGAAAGAUGACUGAGCUCACUCUGAACGACACGAUCUUGUAA